AUGGAACGCUUAAGUCGAUUUCUGCAUGAUGGACAGAUCGACCCACAUACCAAUGAAUUGUACGAUAAAGCGUUGGAAGCAUCGACAUGGAUGGAAACAAAUAAUCAGUUAUUGCAAAUGUAUGCAGAAUUUCUGCGCACUGUGGUGGGUAAUCGACGGCGAUCAAUAAUGACAGACCGACCAAUAUCGUAUUCAAACUAUGGAUUAAGUUCAUCGCCGCAAAAUAUUUUUGAACAAACACUAACAGUUGUAUUAAAGGAUCCAAAUAUUAAAAAAAUUGGUCUUGUUGGACGGUAUCUGGAAAAAAGUACUCUAUCAGCUCUUGUUGAAUUCAAAUUUGGACAAGUAAUAGAUAAGCAGUAUGUCUGUUUACUCAAAAUGCUUAUGGUUGUCAACAGUGGACUACCAGAAUUUGUGCAGAUGAUUGCUCCUCAUGAAGAAUGGUCUUAUUUAGAUAUUGGCUCUGCUCAAGUUGAUAUUCAUAAGGAAAGUCGAUAUUUAGUAUAUCGAAAGAUGAGUGUUCAAGCAAAUAUACAUUUGAUGCAAACAAUAAUGCCUUGUAUUGAUAUUCGAAAUGCACACACACUUUCAUAUGUCCUAAACCUAUUUGCGAAAUUUUCUGGAGUAUUUGAUAUAAAAUGUCGUGUAUGCAAGAGGAUAAUGAAAGACUAUUUACCCCCUUUGAUGUUCGACCUUCGAUGUCCGAAGAAUGCAUUACACGAAUCGUGUCGGUAA